AUGGUUUUUCGGUGUGGUAUUGGAUGCAGUACAAGAUCAACACUCAAAGUGACAACUCUUACAAUUUUGUUCCUUGCCCUGGGUUGCGAAAAUAACGCUGAUACGGAGCAAGAUGUUAUAUGCGAUAUAGAUUUGCUUAAUCUGACGCGAUAUGAGGAUGUAAUGACCAAAGAAGAUUUGGAAGAUGCCGAAACAGCGCUUUGCAUUUACAUCGCAGAAGAGGCUGAAGAGAUUGUCAAAAAAUUCAAGGAGCUCGGACAAGCCGCAUCAGUUCUCCUAGAUAAAAUGCUAAACGAGACUGCCACCCGGUUCGCACGAUCGACCUCCACUUCGAAGCUUCAUGCCGGGAUACUUUUUCUCCGGGUGGCUCAGGGUCUAUUCGGUGGUUCUGAUACCAAGUGCUAUGACACAGUCGGAUGCUUUACAAAAGGCGGUGAUCUGACUCUUCCCAGCGGCUUCCCAAGCUCCCCCGAGAGUGUCGGCACAAAGUUCAAACUUUAUUCUAGGCAACACAAAGACAAACCAGUUGAAAUUUCUGAAUCUUCGCCUAAAGAAACCUUAAAGAGCUACUUCAGUACCAAGAAGGACUUGGUGUUUAUUAUUCACGGUUUCGGACAAGGGGAACACAGCGAAAUACCCAUUAAGAUGAAGGACGCAUUUCUCAAUAAGAUAGAUUGCAACUUCGUCGUUGUACUGUGGACUGAAGGUGCGAAGAAACCGUUGUAUAAUAUUGCUGCAGCAAACACGGCCCUUGUUGGAAGGCAGAUUGCGUUGCUUCUUAGGAAGCUAACUGGAGAAUUUCCAGAGACUGUUUUGAGUUCAGAAGUUCACUUGAUUGGCUUUAGUCUUGGUGCCCAUGUCGCCGGAUUUUCUGGAAGGACUUUUACGUUAAUAACAAAUAAAACUAUAGGAAGAAUAACUGGACUCGAUCCAGCCAACGCCUUGUUCACGAACUCGGGUGUGCAGUUGAGAGCCAGUGACGCAGAUUUUGUUGACGUCAUUCACACCAACAAAGGAAAAGCCUCCAGUGGAAAAAUGGGGAUUGAUAAGCAAUGCGGUCACGUCGACUUCUAUCCGAAUGGUGGAUCAAGACAGCCGGGGUGCAGCUGGUUCAGCAUUGGCUGCAGUCACAGGAGAUCGGCGGAGUAUUUCGCUGAAUCACUGACGGACGAAACUUGCAAGUUUGUGUCGUAUUCCUGCACCAAUGGGCUGCAGGACAGCGUGGACGCGUGUAAUAAAAACCAAAGUGACCAAUCCGAAAUGGGAUACUACAGCAAGGACGCACUAGGACGGGGAGCGCAGAUGCUGCCAACAAAUGGAAGACCCCCGUAUUGCAAAGUGUGGUAACGAGAGUUCAUUGAAAUUUACACCCAAUCAAUCUCAGAUCAAAUAUUGGACCAAAUAAAAACAACGAAACUGUA